UCACGUCAAAGUUUUCCGUAAAUAAAAGUCGGGUGCUGCAAUUUCAUAUCAUGUAUUCUCACACCCAACACGGCAAACUAAGCUAAACGUGGAACAAAACGCCGCACUGUCAAUUUUGCUUCGUUGCUUGACGCGAAAAUGAAAGUGAAACCUGUUACCUGAUAGCCUGCUGGUGCUCGAAGAGCAAGUCGGAGAGGCAGAACCACACUAUGUGUUUGUUGAGAAUAUUAACUUUGUUCCUAUUUAUUUGUACGGGCGUGCAUUGUCAUACACUGUCAUGGGCGUCGUGUAAGUUUAGUGACCAUCAAGUGCUCAUCAAUAACGAGGGUGUCCGUGACGUUCAACACCAGGAAAGAGCUGGCAUGCUGCAGUUGGGUCACAGAGGUGACGCCCCCUUGAACCCUGAUGCCAUCACUUUCUUGAUUACUGAGUCCAAACUGAACCUACAGAGCUAUGUGAAGGACAUGGAAGCGGAUCACCUGGAUUGUGCAAUUCAUAGAUCCAUCACCGACCCACACAUCCAUGUGAACUGGCCUGGGCAGAAGUCCCGCCAGUACAACUCUUGGUUUAGCUUCACCCUGACACACAGAGAGAGUCUGUUCACUGUCUCUGGAAUCCUCAGAUACCCGACUGAACCCCCACCUUCUGAAGAGCAGGCCGCUCACAGCUGGCCUGUUAUUGAAGACAGACAGACACUUUUUACAACAGUUGCAAUGAUCCUGAAAACACAAACUCCCUUUGUGACGUCGGGCGUGGGGUUCCGAAAAAAGCUCCACUGCCAGUUUGCUGUGGACCACAAGAGACCAAACGUGACUGCUAAAUGGAACCAACAGCACCACAAAGCUCUCUUCAGCCAUGCCAGCCACACUGGGAAGACCCAGGGCACAGGAGUUGACCUGAAGAAUCUAGGAGGCGGUGAUCUUUCUUACACUCUGCCCUUUACUAAAGUUGUCGAUGCUGGGACGUACACGUGCUCAGUCUCUGUGGUUCCGCUGUUUGCCAAACUAGACAUUAGUCUAGAAAUUCAAGAAUCUCCCCAGGUGUCUCUCAAUGUGGCUCCUACUCUUACUUUGCAAGAAGGUGAGGAGAAGAAGGUGGUUUGUGAGGCAGAGAACUACUACCCUCUAGAUGUGCUCAUCGUGUGGCACGAGCGGGACCCGGAAGUUUCGGCCCAGAGGGUCGGCGCUCCUCUCCCAAAGGAGCUCAAGAAUGUUUUGCUAUCCAGCCACAAACACAACACGGACAAGACUUUCUCGCUGUCGGGCUUCUUCUACCUCCAGGCUUCCAUCGCACAAUCGGGGAGACAGUUCACUUGCACAGUCUCCCAUCAGUCCCUGCGGAUGCCCAUUAAAAAGAGCUUCAUUCUGAUAGUUGAAGAACGAACCAGCUGGGUGUUCCUUCUCCCUGUUGGCAGCGUUAUAGUGCUGCUGCUGCUCAUCCUCUUUUUUACACUGAGAUACUUCUGCCAAGACGGGUGGACAUCCAGGGGAACUAUAAGCGCUCACUUCAUCACAGCAGACUGAGAGAUGAGAAGACACGCCCCCUCUACGAGAGUCACCUUGCGCAGGUACUGACACAAGCAGUGGAGGAAUGGAAGAUAAAGAUAUCCCAGUCAUACGUGAUAAUGCCAAAAAUCAAAUAAAUGCAGUGAAUGAGGCAGGACUGGGACCACAGAUAGGUGCUUUGCACAUGUAGUGAAUUUGGCAUCACAGAAGGGAAUCUCAGUCAAUAGGAUGGAGCGCCUCCUUGGGAGGAUCAGGAAGGAGGUUUCCUACGUCCACCCAAGCACAACAGCUGCUUAUGUGCUUAAGACAAAGCAAGAAAUGCUAAAGCUGCCUACUCAUAAGCUCAUACAUGAUGUCCCAACGAGGUGGAACUCCACUUAUGAUAUGUUGGAGCAGCAGGCAGCUAUAUACUCUGCAUUGACCCACAACACCCUGAAGACACCCUGUCUGAUGAUGAUGUGAGAGUGGCAGAUGAGGUCCUCCAGGUGCUUAAACCCCUCAAAAGUGUUACAUCUCUACUGAGCACUGAAACUUCACCAUCUGUGUCAAUGAUCCUGCCACUGAAAACAAGGAUUCUACAAUCCAUGGCUCCAAGUGUGGAAGACAGCAGCAUCACUCCAGAUGUCAGGCUUUAUUUCACUACCUAUGUUUCAAGGAAGAUGAUGUGCCUUCUUAUGUUGCACUUUAACUUGUUUUUUAUUAAUGGUCAUUGGUCCAAGUUUAAAGAAAGGAGGAAUGCCUUUUUAUGUUGCACUGUUUUUCAUUAAUUAUGUUAAAAGGAAAAUAAAAAUGCAUGUCAAGUUGAUCAACAGAUUGUAUUAUUUUCCAGUGCAAUAACAGUACUGAAAUGAAGGCUAAAAGGGCAUUAAUGGGAGCUUUAAAGAAAAAAAAGAAGAAAAAAAGAAGUAACUAAAUAGUUACUUUUCACAGUAACGCAUUACUUUUUGGUGUAAGUAACUGAGUUAGUAACUGAGUUACUUUUGAAAUAAAGUAACUAGUAACUGUAACUAGUUACUGGUUUUCAGUAACUAACCCAACACUGUGUAUAUAUCUAUACAUACAUAUAUAUGUAUAUUGUUGUGUUUCACUAAGGGGAGGUGAGGGCUCAGACACCAGGGGGCAGUAUGUAGAAUGAUUUAUUAUAUAUAUAUAGUAUAUAUAUAUAAUAAUAAACAAUAAUAAUAUAAACUAAGGAAAUGGAGUGUGAACUAGAUCCAAGAGUGUGUAUGGUGGAAGACUAUGUGUACUAUUUACUGGAGGGUUUUACCGCAAAAUGUUGGUGAGAGCGAAAGAACACGGAAGUCCAUGGGGCAGGCAGGUGAUCCGGGGCGAGAGAGAGGCGUCAGAGUCCAGGGGCAAGCAAGGAGUCAAGGAACGAGGGAGGCAGUCGAAAUCCAGGGCAACGGAAGGAAAACACUGCGGGCACAAGGAAGAUGACAGGAGACAAAUCAAGCACGGGGAAGAAUGACAAAAGAGAGCAUAAAGCUUCGCUUACGGUUCACCAUAAGAGAACUAAGUUCCCGCGUGGAUCCAUGGGUCUACUGGUCUUUUAUCCAGCUCGCCCUCAUCAGUGUAGAUUGGAGAUUGCGUGCAGGCUUGUCGCUGCGUGGGCGUGCUGCGCUCAGCGUGAGCGGGGGCGUGUCCGAGCGUGCUGUCAGCGAGAGAGCGCAUGUGGGCGUGGCCCGCGGUGCGCUCGUCAGGAUGAACAGAUGAGGGCGCAUUGGAAUGCGCCCUGGCCGUGACAUAUAUAUCAGGGCUGUCAAACGAUUAAAAUAUUUAAUCGUGAUUAAUGGCAGCUUGUCCAUAGUUAACUAAUUUAUUGUGGGCAGCCUAAGGCACACCUGUGCAAUAAUCAUGCUGUUUAAUCAGUAUCUUGAUAUGCCACACCUGUGAGGGCGGAUGAAUUAUCUUGGCAAAAUGUGGAUUGUUACGAUCUUGGGUUCAUUGUCAAAGAUGUUUGGUAAUGUGAUAUGUGGUAUUUCUACCUGUUGUACAAGUUAAUGAUAUUCACAUCUUUGCAGUACAAGGUUUUAACAUUCUCUAUUAAUUGAUAAAAUGUAAUAUUCAGCCUACUAAACAUUUUGUAAUUGCCGACUAUCAAUGAGAACAGGCUGUAAAAGAAUACACACUUUAUUUCAAUCUGCCAGAAAACAUUUUUUUCGGUAGAAAGAUCACAGAUUACAUUGCAAAACAUAUUUGACAAAGCAUGAUCAUAUUGUAAGAGGAUUUUUCGUUGUUUUGGUAGUAAGACCAAAUGUAAUACGUAGUGCUAAUAUUGUGAAGCCAAAAGUGUGUGAUUGGUUUGAGAUGAGGUGUCUUGUCGUGUUUUGACGAAAGUCUCAAAUUAAAAAGUGAUUUAGACCUUGUUCAGACUACAGGAAAUUCAGAUUUUUGUCACCCGUUUUUUUGACCCAGGCCUCUUUUGUAUGAGGAAAUAAAAUGGAUAUAUAUAUGCGAUGCGUCCACAAUGUGAACACUCUCGCGCUCCGGUUGCAUUCAUCCAAACAGAACGUCAUCAAAAAGCGAUAAGCGUCAUAAUUAUUUGCCAAAAUAAACGGUUAUAAAAUAAAUA